AUGGCAUCAAAAUCUGCUCUUACAGUUUACAAAAAAAUAUUACAUGAAUUAUCAGCAAAUAAAUCAUUAUUUUCCUAUCGUGCAUCACCAGUUUAUUUAAAAAUUAAGGAUGAAUAUCGUCGUAAUCGUCCAGUAACAGCUAAAUACUGUAAACAUACAGAUGAAGUAUUAUUUGUUGCACGUACUUAUUUAACUUAUUUGGAAAGUAUACGUGAACGUCACAUAAUUCAUUCGACUUAUUCAAAAGGUGAAAAAACUGUUGCACAAGCAGCAAAUAUCGUUGGUUUAAAUUUACCAAAAACAUUUGAUCGACCACAUUUACCAUUAAAUCAAUCAUCUGACUCAUAG